AUGCGCUCCUCCACUGUUCUGCAAACCGGGCUAGUGGCCGCUCUUCCCUUCGCCGUUCAUGCCGCUUCCGGAUCCGGCCAGUCCACCAGAUAUUGGGACUGCUGCAAACCAUCUUGCUCCUGGUCCGGCAAGGCUUCUGUCAACCGGCCCGUCCUCGCUUGCGACGCAAACAACAAUCCCCUGAGCGACGCCAGUGUCAAGUCUGGAUGUGAUGGCGGUUCCGCAUACACCUGUGCCAACAACUCGCCAUGGGCGGUAAACGACCAGCUCGCCUACGGCUUUGCUGCCACGAAACUCAGUGGUGGAACCGAGUCAUCUUGGUGCUGUGCCUGUUAUGCCCUUACCUUCACUUCGGGCCCUGUUGCUGGCAAGACCUUGGUCGUUCAGUCUACCAGUACCGGCGGUGAUCUCGGCUCUAACCACUUUGAUAUCAACAUGCCCGGCGGCGGCGUCGGCCUGUUUGAUGGAUGUACACGACAGUUCGGCGGUCUUCCCGGCGCUCAAUAUGGCGGCAUCAGCUCCCGCAGCCAGUGCGAUUCAUUCCCUGCCGCGCUCAAGCCCGGUUGCCAGUGGCGCUUCGACUGGUUCCAGAACGCCGACAACCCCAACUUCACCUUCAAGCAGGUCCAAUGCCCAUCCGAGCUCACCUCCCGCACCGGCUGCAAGCGGAACGAUGACUCCCAAUUCCCUGUCUUCACUGCGCCCUCUGGUGGAGGCACCAACCCCUCUACUCCGACAACCCCUCCCUCUUCAGGCGGCGGUUCCGGAUGUACGGCGGAUAAAUACGCUCAGUGUGGCGGCUCGGGGUGGUCUGGCUGUACCAACUGCCCGUCUGGAUCGACCUGCAAGACUAUCAACGAUUAUUACCACCAGUGUGCCUGA